UUUCCUCAAACGCACCCCUCUCCCCGUUCCCCUUCCCCCAACCUCGCGGCGGGGGCGAGCGAUCUGUGCUCGGGGCCCGAUCCGCUCGAUUCCUACCCGGCCGAGCCGCCAAAAACACACUACACUCUGCGCACCGCCCCGGGCGGGUGGCUUGGUGCCGCGCGGCGGCGGCCGGGGGGCGCGGGCGGCGGGGGCGCCGCGAUCUGAAACCCUAAGUGGUGGUGGUAGCCGCCGGCGGCGGCGGCGCCGGGUGGGGCCGGGAUGGACGCGAGGUUCCCGUACUCGCCGGCCGAGGUGGCCAAGGUCCAGCUCGUGCAGUUCGGCAUCCUCAGCCCCGACGAGAUCAGACAAAUGUCGGUGAUUCAGAUAGAACACGCAGAGACCAUGGAGAGGGGGAAGCCGAAGCCUGGUGGGCUCAGUGACCCUCGAUUGGGGACUAUUGACCGGAAAAUCAAGUGCGAGACAUGCAUGGCAGGGAUGGCGGAGUGUCCAGGCCACUUUGGACACCUUGAGCUUGCCAAGCCCAUGUUCCACAUCGGCUUCAUUAAGACUGUGCUCUCCAUUAUGCGCUGUGUCUGCUUUAACUGCUCCAAGAUCCUCGCGGAUGAGGAUGAUACCAAAUUUAAGCAGGCUCUGAAAAUCCGGAAUCCAAAGAAUAGAUUGAAGAGAAUAUAUGAUGCUUGCAAGAGCAAAAAGGUCUGUGCAGGUGGCGAUGACCUUGAUGUUCAGGAGCAGCAAGACACUGACGAGCCUGUUAAGAAAAGAGGUGGUUGCGGUGCUCAGCAGCCAAAUAUUACAGUUGAUGGUAUGAAGAUGGUUGCAGAGUUUAAAGCUCCAAAGAAGAAAACUGAUGAUCAAGAUCAGCUCCCUGAGCCAGUGGAACGAAAGCAAAUCCUCUCAGCUGAGAGGGUCCUUAAUGUUCUUAAGCGUAUAAGUGAUGAGGACUGUCUUCUGUUGGGUCUGAAUCCCAAAUUUGCCCGUCCUGAUUGGAUGAUACUUCAGGUUCUUCCGAUUCCUCCACCCCCUGUUAGACCAUCUGUCAUGAUGGACACUUCUUCCAGAAGUGAGGAUGAUUUGACGCAUCAAUUAGCUAUGAUAAUACGGCAUAAUGAGAACUUGAGGAGGCAAGAAAGAAAUGGCGCUCCAGCUCACAUUAUAACAGAGUUUGCUCAGCUAUUGCAAUUUCAUAUUGCGACGUACUUUGAUAAUGAACUUCCUGGCCAACCCAGGGCCACACAGCGUUCUGGAAGGCCUAUCAAAUCAAUUUGCAGCAGGCUGAAAGCAAAAGAAGGCCGCAUUAGAGGAAACUUGAUGGGAAAGCGUGUUGAUUUCUCAGCCCGUACUGUUAUCACACCAGAUCCAAAUAUAAACAUUGAUGAAUUAGGAGUACCAUGGAGUAUUGCUUUGAACCUGACAUAUCCUGAAACUGUCACUCCAUAUAACAUCGAGAGGUUGAAGGAACUUGUGGAAUAUGGGCCUCACCCUCCCCCAGGGAAGACAGGCGCAAAGUACAUUAUCAGAGAAGAUGGUCAGAGGCUUGAUCUUCGAUAUGUGAAGAAAAGCAGUGAUCAGCAUUUGGAGCUUGGUUACAAGGUGGAGAGGCACCUCAAUGAUGGGGAUUUUGUUCUUUUCAAUCGGCAACCAAGUCUUCAUAAAAUGUCUAUCAUGGGGCAUCGCAUCAAAAUUAUGCCCUACUCAACUUUCCGGUUAAACUUGUCUGUCACUUCACCAUACAAUGCUGAUUUUGAUGGGGAUGAGAUGAAUAUGCAUGUCCCCCAGUCAUUUGAGACCAGGGCAGAAGUUCUAGAGUUAAUGAUGGUGCCAAAAUGCAUUGUCUCUCCACAAUCAAAUAGGCCUGUCAUGGGUAUUGUGCAGGACACACUGCUUGGGUGUCGAAAAAUUACUAAAAGGGACACUCUCAUUGAAAAGGAUGUAUUUAUGAACACCUUGAUGUGGUGGCAAGACUUCGAUGGAAAGAUUCCUGCACCUGCCAUUUUGAAACCUAGGCCAAUUUGGACUGGGAAACAAGUUUUUAACUUGAUUAUUCCUAAGCAAAUAAAUUUAAUUCGGUUUUCAGCCUGGCAUUCUGAAACAGAAACAGGAUUCAUUACUCCUGGUGAUACGAUGGUCAGGAUAGAGAAGGGAGAGCUUCUAUCUGGUACACUGUGCAAAAAGAGUCUUGGAACAGGCUCUGGAAGUCUUAUCCAUGUCAUUUGGGAAGAGGUUGGUCCAGAUGCUGCACGCAAGUUCUUAGGUCAUACACAGUGGCUUGUCAACUACUGGUUGCUUCAACAAGGUUUCAGUAUUGGAAUUGGGGAUACUAUUGCAGAUGCGGCCACCAUGGAAAAGAUUAACGAGACAAUUUCUAAAGCUAAGAAUGAGGUGAAGGAGCUUAUCAAACAAGCACAAGACAAGCAUUUGGAAGCUGAGCCAGGACGCACCAUGAUGGAAUCAUUUGAAAAUAGAGUGAACCAGGUUCUUAACAAGGCUCGUGAUGAUGCUGGAAGCAGUGCGCAGAAGAGUUUGUCUGAAAGCAACAAUUUGAAGGCUAUGGUCACUGCAGGCUCAAAAGGUAGUUUCAUUAACAUUUCACAAAUGACUGCUUGUGUCGGACAACAGAAUGUUGAGGGCAAGCGGAUACCAUUUGGUUUCAUCGAUCGAACGUUGCCACAUUUCACAAAAGAUGACUAUGGUCCUGAAAGUCGUGGUUUUGUUGAGAACUCUUACCUUCGAGGCCUGACACCACAAGAAUUCUUCUUUCAUGCUAUGGGUGGUAGAGAAGGUCUUAUUGAUACAGCUGUCAAGACUUCUGAAACUGGGUAUAUCCAGCGGAGACUUGUGAAAGCUAUGGAGGACAUCAUGGUAAAAUAUGAUGGUACUGUAAGAAACUCUCUGGGAGAUGUCAUUCAGUUUCUGUAUGGAGAAGAUGGUAUGGAUGCUGUUUGGAUUGAGUCUCAAAAAUUGGACUCACUGAAGAUGAAGAAGGGUGAGUUUGACAAUGUAUUCCGUUAUGAGCUGGAUGAUGAGAACUGGAGGCCUAACUACAUGCUUCCUGAACAUGUUGAUGAUUUGAAGACAAUACGUGAAUUCAGAAAUGUGUUUGAGGCAGAGGUUCAAAAGCUAGAAGCUGACCGGUUCCAGCUUGGGACUGAGAUCACCACAACUGGUGACAAUUCAUGGCCUAUGCCUGUGAACCUCAAGCGGCUUAUUUGGAAUGCCCAGAAGACAUUCAAGAUUGAUUUUAGAAGACCUUCUGACAUGCAUCCGAUGGAAAUUGUGGAAGCGAUAGAUAAACUGCAAGAAAGACUCAAGGUUGUACCUGGUGAUGAUGCUAUGAGCAUUGAGGCUCAGAAGAAUGCAACCUUGUUUUUCAAUAUCCUGCUCCGUAGCACAUUUGCUAGCAAGAGGGUCUUGAAGGAAUACAGGCUUACAAAGGAAGCUUUUGAAUGGGUUAUUGGUGAGAUUGAAUCAAGGUUCCUUCAGUCAUUGGUGGCCCCUGGUGAAAUGAUUGGAUGUGUGGCUGCACAGUCCAUUGGAGAACCAGCGACUCAGAUGACCCUGAAUACCUUCCAUUAUGCUGGUGUCAGUGCCAAGAAUGUCACUCUUGGAGUUCCCAGGUUGAGAGAGAUCAUUAAUGUUGCCAAGAAGAUAAAGACUCCAUCUUUGUCUGUUUACCUGAAGCCUGAGGUGAACAAGAAGAAAGAAUUGGCUAAGAAUGUUCAGUGUGCUCUGGAGUACACCACACUGCGCAGUGUAACCCAUGCCACUGAGAUAUGGUAUGACCCUGAUCCUCUAGGAACUAUUAUUGAAGAGGAUGUGGAGUUUGUCCGGUCAUAUUAUGAAAUGCCUGAUGAGGAUAUCGACCCGGAUAAGAUUUCUCCUUGGCUGCUGCGUAUUGAGCUUAAUCGUGAGAUGAUGAUUGAUAAGAAGUUGAGCAUGGCUGAUAUUGCAGAGAAGAUAAACCGUGAAUUUGAUGAUGACCUAUCGUGCAUAUUUAAUGAUGAUAAUGCAGAUAAGCUCAUCCUCCGUAUCCGCAUCACAAAUGAUGAUGCUCCAAAAGGAGAAAUACAAGACGAAUCUGCUGAGGAUGAUGUCUUCCUCAAGAAGAUAGAGGGCAACAUGUUGACAGAGAUGGCGCUUCGAGGCAUUCCAGAUAUCAACAAAGUGUUCAUCAAACAUGGGAAGGUCAAUAAAUUUGACCAAAGUGAAGGCUUCAAAGCAGAUAAUGAGUGGAUGCUUGAUACGGAAGGUGUGAAUCUCUUGGCUGUCAUGUGUCAUGAGGAUGUUGAUGCUACAAGGACAACAAGUAACCAUCUGAUUGAAGUGAUUGAGGUUCUUGGAAUCGAGGCUGUCCGUCGAUCUCUCUUGGAUGAGCUUCGGGUGGUCAUAUCUUUUGAUGGAUCCUAUGUGAACUACAGGCAUCUGGCCAUUCUUUGCGAUACAAUGACAUACAGAGGUCACCUGAUGGCUAUUACAAGGCACGGCAUCAAUCGAAAUGAUACUGGACCUCUUAUGAGAUGCUCCUUUGAAGAGACUGUCGACAUCUUGCUUGAUGCUGCUGUAUAUGCUGAAGCUGACCUCCUGAGAGGUGUCACUGAGAACAUUAUGCUUGGACAGCUUGCUCCUAUUGGUACUGGAGGCUGUGCGCUAUAUCUGAACGACCAGAUGUUGCAGCAGGCGAUUGAACUUCAACUCCCAAGCUAUGUGGAAGGUCUGGACUUUGGCAUGACACCAGCACGUUCACCCAUCUCUGGGACACCCUAUCAUGAAGGAAUGAUGUCGCCAAGUUAUCUGCUUAGUCCGAACAUCAGGGCUUCCCCCAUUAACACAGAUGCUUCAUUCUCACCAUAUGUUGGGCACAUGGCGUUCUCACCAUUCCCGUCACCAGGUGGCUACUCUCCAUCAUCGGGGGGAUACAGUCCAUCAUCGCCAGUUUUCACCCCAGAAAAAGGAUAUAGCCCCCUUUCUCCAUCAUACAGCCCUGCUUCACCAAGCUAUAGUCCCACCUCACCAUCAUAUACACCUGGCUCUCCCACUUACAGUCCUACAAGCCCGAAUUAUUCCCCAACCAGUCCAACUUACUCGCCCACCAGUCCAUCAUACUCGCCCACAUCUCCAAGUUACAGCCCAACAUCUCCUAGCUACAGUCCUACAUCACCAAGCUACAGCCCUACAUCUCCUAGCUAUAGUCCUACAUCACCAAGCUACAGCCCCACCUCGCCGGUUUAUAGUCCAACCUCGCCGGCAUAUAGCCCUACCUCUCCUGCAUACAGCCCCACAUCCCCCUCUUAUAGCCCAACAUCCCCGUCUUACAGCCCUACGUCGCCUUCAUACAGCCCUACAUCUCCUUCAUACAGCCCUACAUCCCCAUCAUACAGUCCUACCUCCCCCUCGUACAGCCCAACAUCACCUGCAUACAGCCCUACCUCGCCUGGAUACAGCCCAACAUCACCAAGUUACAGCCCGACAUCUCCGAGCUACAGUCCUACUUCUCCGAGCUACAAUCCUUCAUCAGCCAAAUACAGCCCUUCGCAUGCUUACUCUCCAAGCAGUCCAAGGAUGACUCCAUACAGUCAGACCUCUCCGAACUACAGUCCAACUUCACCGACUUACUCUCCUACAUCACCAUCAUAUUCACAACCAAGUCCAUCAUACAGUCCAACGAGCCCAUUCAACACUUCUGGGGGACCUAGCCCAGAUUACAGCCCAACCUCUCCAAAUUACAGCCCAACUGGAAGCUACUCCCCCACUGCACCUGGGUACUCCCCAUCAUCCACGGGGCAAGCUACUAAUGACAAGGACGACGAGAGCGCUCGUUGAAGCUGCUGAGAAAAGGAUUGCAUAGGAAGAAUGAACCUGUCGCGAUACUUUUUUCCCUGAAGUUUUUAUUUGGUUGAUGAACAGUGAGAGGAACCUUGUUUCCUAGAGCUGCUAAUAGCGGCUGAGUUGUUUAUGUGUGAUCCCAUGUACAAGAGCUAAAGACUGAACUGUGCCGGCUCCUUGCUAAGUGGCUCACCACUUGGCGGUUAGCCGUGGGUGGCUGUUCAGAAUAACAUAUUUAGUAAUGAUGUAAGAUCGCGACGGGAAUAUUAUACCUGUUCGUGUAUGCCGUCGGAGCUGAUUUUUUCGUUGUAAUGUUGCUGUUACGGAUCAUAGGCAGGGUUAUUGGUAUUUCA